AUGGCGAUCCAGCAGAAGCCGGAGAAAAACUUCUUCUUUGGCAUCGGCUUCCUCCGAUCGCUUACGACUUUAUUCCCGAUCCUGUACCCACGAUGGGAGUACGCUGUACUAUUUACAGCCCUUACCGGUGCAGCGGCGGGCGGGUUCGAAAAAGUCAACUAUGACACGGGUAUGAUGAUUGGCAAGUUCUACACAACACUAUCGAUGAAAGAUGAGCCUGGAUUCUGGCAUGUUUUCUGGAAGGCAACGGCUUGGUACGCUGCUCAAUGCGCGCUAAGCGCCCUGAUCUCGUUUUUCUCCUCGGCGCUGUAUCUGGCGUUCCGAAACAAUUUGACGAAAUAUUUGCACCAACGCUACUUCUCUAACAACGUGUGCUAUCAAUUGAAUUCUGUGGAUAAUGAGGGGCUAGAUAAUCCCGAUCAACGUAUGUCGCAAGACGUCGAGAAGUUCUGCAACUUACUGGCUGUUCGGGUUUUCCCCAACUUUCUGGUGGCCCCGUUCGUCGUUGGCUAUUACACGUGGAGGACGUGGCAUACCUCUGGCGGUGUUGGAGUCGGGGUAAUCUACGGAUACUUCUUGAUCGGUUCUUUCGUCAAUGCCUUCAUCAUCCAACCCAUGACAAAAUGGGCUGGGAAGGUUGAGAAGGCGGAGGGAUGUUUCAGAUACAAGCACGUCUCGGUCCGUGACAACGCUGAAGGCAGCGCCUUUUACCGCGCCGACCUCUUCGAACUAUCCGAAUGUGACCGCCUCUUCAAAAAUCUCCUUAAAAAACAAGCCUACUUCGUCGGCUUCAAGGCGCCCGUUAUGUUCUGGCAAAACUUCUUCAGCUACUUCGGUGGUGUCCUCACUUAUGCCAUCCAAGUCAUCCCAAUCUUUUGGAUGCACUCCUACGAUGACUACGAUCCGAUGGAGUUUGCCGGGCAGCUGAGCAACAACGCGUUCGUCUUCAUGUACCUCAUCAACAGUUUCACAAAGCUUACGGAUCUGGCGAGUAGCGUUGGCGAGAUGGCGGUGUAUUCGCAGAGAAUUGCGGAUCUCGUCUCCUUCACCAAAGAAGCUUCGGUAAAAGCAAACUGCUUCGAAAAUGCCACAGCCGGAGGAAAACCCAAGUCGUCGUACUCCCUUGUGGUCGAUAAGCUGACCUAUGGACCACCUCAUUCUAAUGACAUUCUUAUCCGAGGUCUGUCCGUUGGAGUCCAAGAGCGCUCCUCGCUACUCAUCACCGGACCGAGUGGCAUCGGAAAAACCUCGCUAUUCAGAGUGUUGGCCAAGUUGUGGAAUAAAAAUUCAGGCAUCGUCGAACUCCCGACCGGUCGUGGCCAUCUAAUGUUCCUCCCACAAAGACCGUAUUUGCCAAGUGGUGGUACUUCGCUACGUCAGCAACUCCUUUUCCCAAGCCAGGCCCCGAGAAAUAUGGCCACGGUGGUCGGGGAUGCGAAACUGGAGAGCGUACUGUCGUCAGUCGGCCUAUCGCAUUUGAUCUCGAUGGCCGGAGGGCUGGAUGAGGAGGCUGAUUUUGAGUGGGCCGAGCGUCUAACGCCUGGUGAAGCUCAACGUCUCUCGAUCUGUCGCGUUCUCUUGACUCAACCAGCUCUCGUCUUCUUGGAUGAAGCAACAAACAGUGUUCCUGUCGAUAUGGAGAAGACAAUUUAUGGAUUGUUGAAAGAGGCAAAAAUCAGCUACAUCUCCACCGGCCAUCAGGCCACCCUUCGAUCCUAUCACGACAUGGAACUCCAAAUCCACGGCACCGACCAGCACUCCCUACUUGCCAUUGAAAACUCACAAAUG